AUGGAUUGCAGAUUCAAUAAAACCCUUCUUGUCAUCCUAUCCCUCUCUUCUCUUCUUCUAUCUACCAAUGCCGUCCCUUCGACUCGAUUUAUCGAUGUCAUUUCCACAAGCUUCCCAGCUGCAGUUCACAAAAGUAUUACCACAAGUUUCCCGGCUGCAGAGUACAAAAGUAUUUCCACAAGUUUCCCAGCUGCAGAGUACAAAAGUAUUUCCACAAGUUUCCCAGCUGUAGCCCCCUCAAGCGGCCAUUAUGAAUUCACUCCCACAAAUGUCCCAGCUGCAGCCCCUUCAAGCCGCUAUUAUGAAUUCACUCCCACAAAUGUCCCAGCUGCAGCCCCUUCAAGCGGCGUUAUUGCCUCUGGUGACAGUAGCGCUAUUCUAGAACAGGCAUCACAGUCUGGCUAUCCCGAGAUCGCGCAACUAUGUAUCGACGGUGAGAACAUAGCUCUUUGUGCUGAAACCAUUUUGAAACAAAUGACUGGUCCUUUUGAUCCCCUCAAGGCACUUGAGAUCGCGGUUGAUGCCACCCUCGACCAAGCCAUGACCGUAGCUGGUACCAUUGACGAGUUGCUUCGUGACCCUAGCACCGAUAAAAAGGCCAUGGAUGCCCUUGGCGUAUGUGAAGAAGAAUAUGACGAUAUGUUGGAUGCAAUCGAAGAGACAGUGGAUUUACUUCAAAACCAAAAUAUUGUGGAUGCUUAUUACAAGUUCAACUCUGUGUUAUCUCUAAAAUCUACAUGCGACGAUGCUUUUGCGGAGUCUCCUGGUGUUACGAUGCCAUUUUCUCAGGAUUCUCAAAUUCUAUUUCAGUUGGGUGGUAAUUGUUUGGGCAUCAUGAACGACUUAGUUAAUCACGCCAAAAUUUAG